GUUUACUGAAAUUAUGAAGAAAACUCGUCGACAGAUGGUGCGAUGGUUUUUUACAAACUUGGAACGAAAAUUUGAAUGCCUGAGGAAGUCUUAUAAAUCAGUACAUUUCGAUUGGAGAUUAAUCUAGUUUUGUAAACACGUAAAACACUGAGGGACGACAACGUCCUCUUCAGUCCUCUUACGAAUGGUCGAUAUUUAAGAAACUUUAUUCGUCGAAAUUGCGAUUACUUAUAUUUGUGACGCGGGCGAAGAUGCGAGAAGCGGAUGUCGAUGUGCGAUAUACUCGCGGGACAUCAUCAUCCGAUUCGAUCAUUCCUAUCGCCUGAUUACGAUAAAAACAGUCCCGCAGCAGACCGUCCCGCGACCAGUCACAGCAAUAAUGUCGACAUCGUAGAUUAGUUUAUUAAGGAUUGCGACAUGCUAACAAUUCUCGCGCGAAUCAUCUAAAUACUCUCGAGCUGAAGCAAAGUGUUCCUGAAUGAGAUUAUUAAUAUCGCGUAAAUUUCUUCGGUUAACAGUGAAAAGAGGCAUUUCAAAUUCACGAGAGGUCCAGCGAUUUACAAUGCCACGCAGCCGUCUGGAUGCCGUUUACAGAAGUAUAUUGCUCACUAAAUUCUUUACCAAAGGUUGGGGAAGCCCUCAGAACUUGAAAAGAAUUUUUGAAUUUAGAAGGCGUCUUGCCAAUAGAGAUACGUGUUACAACCUUAUACCUCGUGAUUAUCCAAUCAAUAUAACUAAGGAUGAAGAGUGGUCUGACUGUCAUAUAAUAGAAGGAUCUUUUGAGAGUCCCUUUAACAAACACUUACCUGGAAUAAUGCCUGAUGAGACAAUAACUGCACAUUUUCAAUUAGUAUUACCUAGAAGAUGGUAUUCUCACAAAGUAAAACCUAUUUGUUUGCACUUAGCAGGCACAGGAGAUCAUUUUUUUUGGAGGAGAAGAAAUCUGAUAGCAAAGCCUCUGCUGAAGGAAUCUGGAAUAGGAUCAUUGUUAUUGGAGAAUCCAUUCUAUGGUUCACGGAAACCACAGAAUCAAAUACGCUCUAGUUUACAUAAUGUUUGCGAUAUUUUCAUAAUGGGAGGAUGUUUGAUAAUGGAGUCAAUUGUUUUGCUAAAUUGGUGUGAACAGCAGGGGUUCGGACCUUUGGGAUUGACUGGUUUGUCAAUGGGUGGUCAUAUGGCUUCUUUGGCAGCGACCAGUUGGCCGAAACCGAUACCGUUGGUUCCAUGCCUUUCGUGGUCGACGGCAUCACCAGUAUUCACUCAAGGAGUGAUGAGCGCUUCGAUUAACUGGACACUCCUAGAAGAUCAAUAUUUUGCAAAUGAACUAUACCAAAAUGAUCUCGCCAAAAUGGUUAGAAUCAUCGGUGAAGAAGAUGCAUUUUUAGCUGGACAACAUUUUGCGCAACAUUAUCCUGCGAGUAUGAAAAGGGUUAUUGAAUUGAAAAAGAAGCCUGACGGUACUAACGAGGAAGUACAUGCUAUAACUGCCUCUGAGACUGUGAUCAAUGACUGUGAUUCACGAAACGUAGACAAUACUAUUAAAAAUGAAAUCGCCGAAGAAAAAGCGGCAAGAAUAUUUCCUCUAAAUCUUCUAUCUAAUAAAUUUAAAUUAAGAGACUCAAAUACACUCAAGGUCUUAAGUGCUCAACUAACUAAAUACGCACGGUAUGGGACAAGCAUGAUUCUUACACAUAUUGCUCUGGCAAUAGGUGUUUGUUUGUUACCAGUUCCGAGACAUCCGUUGUUUUCUGAUUGUAAGUGGCGUGAACGAGAAGCGUUGCAAUUCAUGUGCGGUAUAAUGGACGAAUGUACGCAUUUGAAAAAUUUCGAAGUACCUGUCGACACGGAACUGAUCAUCGCUGUAUGCGCGAGGAACGAUGCAUAUGUGCCACGAGACGGUUGUAUGAGCUUGGAAAGAAUCUGGCCAGGUGCGGAGAUUCGGUAUAUAGAUGCUGGCCACGUGUCCGCGUAUCUUCUUCAUCAGAAAGUAUUUAGAUCUACUAUUGCGGAAGCAUUUGAGCGAUCACAGAAGAAGUAUCCUUUGCAGAUCAGAUGAUAUACGUGUAAUUUUAGUGGAGGUCUAAAUCGAUAAAAAAUGGCGUAGCGGGAUUUCUACCGAUGUUAUUUUUAGAGCCAAACUUGAUGCGUCUAUUUCGUGAUGCUGUCGAGGAAAAUUAUAUUUAAACUGUUUUUCGAUACUUUACCAUUUUUAUUACUCCGUCUUUUUAACUGACUGCAAAUUGAAUCAGGCAAAAGAGAAUUAUGUGUGCAAACAAGUGCAGUUCUUUAUGUGCACAUACAUAAUGCAUGCAAUAUCCCUGUUGAAAGUACCUACAUAAGAUGGAUAUAUUUUUAUGAGAAACAAGCAAAUUGUAAUAUACUUUGUAAAAAAAAAGAAAUUAUAUUAUUCAUCAUU